AUGUUUUAUAUGAAUAUAAGUGUUUAUUGUCUAUGUUCAGAUUAAAGCUAAAGCAUGCGAAAUUCAACCUGGUUUGAUCAUUGAAACAUGCGGAUCAUAUCGUCGUGGAAAAGCAACAUGCGGUGAUGUUGACAUUCUUAUUACACAUCCUGAUGGAAAAUCUCAUGAAACAAUAUUAGCACCAUUAGUCGAACAGUUGAGAAAAUCAGGAUUUUUAACUGACGAUUUAAUCAAUCAUUCGGAUGGUAAUUCUGUUAGUAGCACUAAAGUAGACGAUGAAUUUGGCGUUCAAUUCACCUAUUUUGGCGUAUGCAAAUUACCAACUGAAAAUUCAAAGCAUCGCCGUCUUGAUCUGAUCGUGAUACCAAAGGCAGAAUGGGCUUGCUCUUUACUCUAUUUUACUGGCUCAGCUCUGUUUAAUCGAUCAAUGAGAAGAUUAGCACGUGGAAUGAAUAUGUCACUCUCUCAACAUGGACUUUCAGUUGGAGUAGUUCGCAAAGGUGUGGAAAAAAUUAAUUUAGGUAAAGCAUUAUCGACGCCAAUGGAAGAAAGUGUAUUUCAACAUCUUAAUCUCCCAUAUCGGAAACCAGAAGAAAGAGAUUAUUAA